AUGGCCUGCUGUGCUACUAGCUUCUGUGGCUUUCCCACUUGCUCCACUGGUGGCACCUGUGGCUCCAGCUGCUGUCAGCCUAGCUGCACCCAGUCCAGCUGCUGUCAGCCCAGCUGCACCCAGUCCAGUUGCUGUCAGCCCAGCUGCACCCAGUCCAGUUGCUGUCAGCCCAGCUGCACCCAGUCCAGCUGCUGCCAGCCCAGCUGCUGCCAGACCAGCUGUUGUCAGCCCAGCUGCUCCCAGCCCAGCUGCUGUCAGACCAGCUGCUGCCAACCCAGCUGCUGUGGAACUGGCAGUGGCCAGGAGGGUGGCAGUGGAUCCGUGAGCUGCCGCAUCAGAUGGUGCCGCCCUGACUGCCGCGUGGAGGGCACCUGCCUGCCCCCCUGCUGUGUGGUGAGCUCCACACCCCCAACCUGCUGCCAACUGCACCAUGCCCAGGCCUCCUGCUGCCGUCCAUCCUACUGUGGACAGUCCUGCUGCCGCCCAGCCUGCUGCUGCCACUGUUGUGAGCCCAGCUGCUGUAAGCCCAGCUGCUCUGAGCCCAGCUGUUAA